AGUGUGUGUAUAUGGUUUUAAGGUUAAAAGUCCGGGUGAAAGUGAAACUUUGACGUAGCGCUGCUGUGCAUUUCGGAUCUUUGCGGAAAGAGGAAGCGCUGCCGAACAGAGCGAGCGGCAGGGAUAUGGUGUGUGUUUCUACACUGAAUUUUUAAACCUUCAAAAUGAGUGACCUCGACAGCGAAGUGGACAGGAUAAUGGAGCGUCCUCCUAGCAGCUACGGCUCAAUGCGUAGCGAUGAUCACGAUGACGAUGAUGAUCAUGAUGAUGUUCCAUUGCUGACUGUUAAAGUCAACCUGCAGACACCGGGAGCAUCUACAGGGGUCAGACUGUAUCGCUCAGACUCUCCAGAGACCGGCAUCACUGCGCUCACCCAGCAACAGUCCAGCAUCCACAUGGAGGGAGCCUAUCUCAAUGAAAUGGGACGUGAGCAGAGUUUUGGGAUGAGGACUGCAGAUGAGGCAGAUGACGAGUUUUACAGUCCCAGAGGGAGGCCGAGCAGGAGGGCAGAGUCUCAGGUGGCUAUGGAGGUCAUCCCACCAGAGCCCCAGCAGAAUCUUCCCCCACCACCAGAGGGCGUUGGCCUACAGUCUGGAAUCGAACACGAAACCUUGUCCCUGCCAUAUGUAUUCAAGGCUAUACAGGGGGUUCUGAGCAAACUGAACCUCGCCGAGCUGCUGUGGUUUAAGCGCAGUCUGUGCAGUCAGUAUAAGCAUCAUUUUGAGUUUUCCCAGCUGGAAGACUGCGAUGUGCUGGAUGUUGUUGACCGGCUGUUGGAGCGGCGUGGGAAAGGAGAGGCACUGUACUACGCCACCCGAACCCUGCAGAACAUCAACAAACGGCCACUCGCAGAUGAUCUGGAAAUUAAAUGCAAGAGAGCUAUUGUCCAACAUGAGUUGAGGGGCAGCCACUCAAGGCGCUACUACAACCUGUAUGAGGGUACUUGUCGUCCUGGUCAGCAGCGCUUCGUGAGUGACGUCUUUGCAGAGCCGUCCAUAUAUAUUGGUGGAGACUGGGACAUCAAUACAGAUCACGAGUUCCACAAGCCGAACUUUUCCAGCAACCAAGGAACACCCAUUCGAGCAAGUGAUAUAUUCCGUCCACUGGAGGGAGAAGGCCGGAUCCGCACUGUCCUUAUGACGGGGGUUCCAGGUAUUGGUCUGACUGUAGCUGUGCAGAAGUUCAUCAUGGACUGGUCGGAUGGGCUCACUAACCAGGACUUUCAGUUUGUCUUUUCCAUUCCUGGCAAAGAGAUGCACUUGGUUAAGGAAAAUGAUCACAGCUUCCUGGAAAUGCUCGCCAACUUCUACUCAGAGACGAAGAACAUUGACUUUCUGCAAAACGAGGACUGCCCCAUCCUUUUCAUUAUAGAUGCCCUGGAGUUUUGCAGGCAGCCCCUAAACUUUAAGGACAAUCCGGAGGUCCGUGACGUCACAACACCAGCUCCUGCUGAUGUUCUUUUCACUAGCUUGAUCAAGGGUACGCUGCUGCCUCAUGCCAGGAUAUGGAUAACAUGUCAUAGGGUGGCAGCACGCAAGAUCCCUUUAGAGUAUGUCAGCAGGUUCACAGAUUUGAAAGGGUUAUCCAAUGAAAAGAAGGAUGAGUACUUUACCAAGAGAACUAAGGUUCCAGAGGUCGGUGUCCGAGUGCUCGAGCACAUUAAGCGCUCUCAGGCAAUGUAUAACUUUUGCCAUUUGCCUCUGUUUUGCUGGAUUGUGGGCUUCAUCUUUGAAAGACGCUUACGUAGCCCGGAAAACGAUGAGCACCCACCGGCCCUCACCAACUUUUACGCCCAGUACAUGAUUGUGCAGACGAACCGUAAGAUUGAGCGCUAUGUGGGAGUGGGUUUUGAAGCGUCGCGCUGGAAGGAUACUGACAAGGAUUUUCUGGUGAAGAUGGGUAAGCUUGCAUUGAAGAUGAUUCUAGAGGAAAGAGAUGUUUUCUUUGAGGAUGAUAUUGCGGCCAUGGAGUUGGACAUGGAGCAGGUGGCCAAUCGAGGAGGGAUUUCAGCUGAAGUGAGGCGUCAGGGUGGGUACGGACGAAGUGGGCGAGCCUUCAGCUUUGUUCACUACAGCAUGCAGGAAUUCAUGGCUGCCGUGUACACGUAUGUGACGUAUCGGAACAAGGGCAAGAACGUCUUUGAGCAGCAGAUCAAGAAUAAGAUGGCCAAGCUGUUGAAGGACAGACCUGUCUUUGACCUUUACAAACUGGCCGUCGACCGAGCCCUAGCCAGCCGCAAUGGACACCUGGACAUGUUCCUGCGCUUUCUCUUUGGCUUCGUCACGCCCGGGACGGAGGCACACCUGCGCGGAUACCUGAUGCCCCAGCACCACCCGGUGCCCAGGGGCUUGGAAGAUGUUGUAAAGUACGUGAACAAGAAGAUAAAAGAGAAUGCUUCACCAGACAGGUGCAAGAACCUGGAGUGGUGCCUCAACGAGCUGGAGGAGGGCAAGAAUGAUAGAUGACAAAACUAAGAAUGAUUAUGGGCGACAUUUGGAAGGCAGCGUUCACUACAUCUUUUAGUUCUGACUUUUUAAAUCCUUUAUUUAUACUGCUCACUCCAAAGACCAGUGCUGGAAGUCAUCAAGCUUAAAGAGGUGUAGUCACAUUUUUAGAUUACACUAUAUAUGUUUCUACAGAAUAAAACACCUUGGAAUUAACAUCUGUUGCAUAUGAAACCACAUCACAUUACAUCAGGUUUUAAGUUUAAGUUAUUAAAUUUUGUUUACAGACAUCCAUUGUUUCUUAGCACAUUGGCCUAACAUCGCCUCUUGUAAAUUAAGCAAGUACACGUCAGCAACUUAAAAUCUCAUGUCUCACUAAAUCUGGAAUCAGUAAUUAAUCAUGGUACUUUUGGAUGGGAUUUUUUUUUUUUUUUACCAAACUGCCCCAUGAUUUGAGAACCAGAUGAACGUGUGUGAAUGACUGAAUACAGAAGCACUGGCCUAUUUGGAGGAGUAACAGUAAAAUCGUCUUGAACUAAAUCAUAUCACGUUCAUCUUUGUUUUCGGGGUUAUGCCGGGUUCACAAGUGGUUUAUUCAAAAGAAAAAACAAUCAAGUUGUUUGGCAUUUGAACAUGGAAGUCUUUAAAGGAUUAUGAGAAUAGUCUGUGAAAAAGAGCCGUUAUUUUUUAUGUACAGCCAUAUUUAGACCAAGCCUGAAGUUUAUUUCUUAUUCUAUCCUCUGACUUUUUCAGUAACAUUUCAGUAAAAAGCCAGAAAAUAAAAGUCAACUAAAUGGUGGGGGGUAGGCUUUUGUUACUUGUCAGCCACAUUAGCUUCUUAGAUGUAUUGCUAAUGGUGGAUUGUGAGCUUUUAUCAUGUAUUAGCUAGAUUGGCCUCCUAGCUUGUACUUGCUAGACACAAAGGUCUUCUUAUUUUUAUUAUUUUAUUAUUCUUUUCUCAAAAUUCUCAAUGCACUCCUACAGUUUUUGACGUAGAGCCACAAAACAUCACAAGAUUGUACAACCAAUAGCUUUACUAGUUGUUUAUUUUUUAUUUUGUUGAUUUUCAGAGAUUUAUUAUUUGCCUUGUUUGUGAAUCCGGUAUCUGGUCUGCCUGAGUGAGGGCUGGGGUUAUCUUGGGCAUAAGGGUGAGACAAUUUCCUGAGGUUGUGAAGGGAAACAGGACAUGUUGACACAUCGAUGAGUUGCCUUAUUGAAUGCAUUUUAUGAUAUGUAAACCAAUCAUAUAUACUUGACCAUAGAGUAUAAAAACAGCCAUACACUGAUUAUUACAUGUACAUUUACGCAUUUACACUGAUUAAUGAACAGGAGGAGAAUAUUUACUGUUUUAUAAGUAUUGCACAUGCCCUGUGUGUGUGUGUGUGUGUAUGUGUAUGUAAUGUAAAAAUUGUGUCAUCAAAAGCUGUGUUUACAGAUGAAGAUGCACUAGAUGAAGAAUUCUAUGCAGUUCAUUAGAUCUGGAGAAUCCAAUUUUAAACAUACUGCUGAUGUUCAUCACUGACAAACUCUAGUAGAACGUCUGAAAUGCUGCUACAGAAACCUGUGCUGAUAUUAAAGGGCAACUCCACCUGGUUUCCAAAAUUCUGUGCAUAACUCAGUGUUUAUGAUGAACACAUUCAGAGUGGGGUUUUUAUUUGUUUAGUUCUGUUUUUCUUAGCAAGAAGAGCCUAUUAAUAUGAAUGAUUUAGGAUAUUUUAAAUAAUAUCUUGGCUCCUCAAAGGGUUUUUGGCACUUGGUUUAUGUGUGUUAACUGUGGCCUCUGCCUCGCGCUGCCUCCAGCAUAGGUAAAAAUAUUUAUUUGAGCAAAGUCCGCAGCAGGAAGAGCUCCAUCUAUUGAUGAAUGUGAGUCAUGCAUUUUGAGUUUGCUGUUAUUAACUGUAAUUAUGCAAAGAAUUUUGCAAAAAAGUGGGUGGACUUGAAGAACUGAAGGAAAUCUUCAUUAGUGUAACUUUGAUAUGUAUGGUGCUGUUUCUCAGCUUUGUGUGUGUGUGUGUGUGUGUGUGUGUGUGUGUGUGUGUGUGUGUAGCCUGAAUGAACAUGUGUGUAAUUGCUGCCUACAGUCUCCUUCACUCAACCUGGUUUGCUUUACAAACACCAGCUCUAAUGGUGAAGUGUAGGUAAUGUGAGUUGAGUGUAGGUUGGGAGAGAUCUAAUCCAUGUAACAGCUGGAUGUCUUAUUAUAUCAGAGUAAAUAAAGACCUCUGUUAUUAAUGCA